AUGUUUGGAGUUGUAAUUCUUUAUGCAUUACUUGUUGGGGCUUUGCCUUUUGAUGAUGAUAAUCUUCGAAAUUUAUUGGAAAAAGUAAAAAAAGGAAGUUUCCACAUUCCCCAUUUUGUUCCAUCUGACUGCCAAGGUCUUCUACGCUCAAUGGUAGAGGUUAAUCCGACAAAAAGAAUUUCUUUACAAGAUGUGUUUAAACAUCCUUGGGUAAUAGGUCCAAAUAAAGGUGAAUUAGAACUUGAAGUGCCUAUGGCUCAAGUUGUUGAGACACAUGUAAUUCCUAACGAAGAUAGCAUUGAUCCUGACGUUUUUCGACAUAUGAACAAUUUGGGGUGUUUCAAAGAUAAAGAGAAAUUAGUAGCCGAAUUGCUUUCUACAAAACACAAUACAGAGAAAAUUGUUUAUUUUCUUUUACUUGAUCGAAAAAGGCGGCGGCCUGCAAAGGAGGAAGAACCGGAAUCUGUCCUUCGAAAUUCUACUUUUGAUAAUAUUGUCGAUCCGCCUCGAAAACGAGUUGAUACAAGCAAACCUAGAUUGCCUCCUUCUAGAAUUUCUGACGGGUCACCAAUGAAUCCAAGAAAGAAUAGAUAUCGCCUUAGACAGUCCUCUUUGGGUGGAUCACCUGAGGACUCCCCACAACAUUCCUCAUGUUCCUUGUACCCACAAUCAGCUAGAGGAAAUGCUUUUACAACAAGCCAAAAAGUAGAAGAAGCAUUACUUUCUCUCUCCUCUGGAAAGCAUCGAAUCUCCCUUGGAAGCAAUCAUUCCCGAAAUUCAAAUAACACAAAUUAUCAACAAAGUCGCCAACAAAAUCACCAUCAUUAUUUCACACAACCAAUUAAUCCUAUAAUUGUUCAAAGAGCCUCUAGAAGGGACGAACAGAAUACCAAACAAGAAAUACAAACACAACAAUCGAAUAAGUCUAAUGGUACAAAUAUUCCCCCAUUGUUGUUACCGGCAAAUAAACCAAGAGUGCCUAUUACAACUACAAAUACUGGUGUUGUUGUUACAACAACAACUACCCCAACAGCCGUUGCUUCUUCAGCAGCUUCUUCUUCUAACUCCAUUGCCUCCUCUUCGGGUAUUGUUUUGAUGAAUUCUCCAUCAAUGAAUGCCUCAAAUAAUUCCAUUACUGCUGUUUCCUCAUCUUCAAAUUCUUCAAUUAUUGGCCCAUCAGGACCUUGGCACUCUAAAAUUUCAACAACAAUUAAAAACUCAAUUUUGGGAACUCCUCGUUUCCACAGAAAAUCUGUUGGAGGAAGUAGUAAUAAUACAAAUAAUGGAUAUAAUGCUGGUAGUAAUGAAUCCGAUACAGAAUGCAAUGGAGGUGUUUCUUCAACGAAUUUGUCUGACUCGACAUCUGAUCUCGUCAAAAAAUCAUUUUUCGGUUCAUUAUCAAUGAGUGGAGCAGAUAGAGACGAUACUCCCUGUAUUCCUGUUCAAAACAAAACUCUUCCAGAGAUUAAAGCUGAAUUAAUACGGCUAUUUUUAACUAUUCACGAACUUAGCCAUUCUGUUGUCGGCCAAAAUUCGUUUAGAGUUGAAUACAAACGUUUGCCUUAUUUAGGAUUUUCUAGGGGCGUAAAAUUUCAAGUGGAUAUUCUAACACCUCCAAAUCAACGAAGAGACUCUCAAAACUCGAUUAGUUGUUCCGAAAUAACUGAUUUUUAUGUUGUUCAAUUUACUUUGAUUUCUGAUCAGAGACCCUCAGCAUCUUCAGGUUUCAUGGUAAAACCGCGUAAACUGUCUUCACAGUCAUCUGUCGGCUCUGAAGAUUCUGCUGCAGCCGGCUCUGUGGACAGACAAGAUUCUGAUCAAUUAAAGUAUUCUCAACAAUUUAGACAAAAACAGUCUUCUAUUCAAUCACAAAUUAAUCCACCCCUUGCUGAAGAUGAGAGUGGUUUCUUUGCGGAUUCUGUCAGCAAUUCGAAGACAGUUUUACGUGCAGCUCUUUCAUGUUCUACUGCUUCCCCAAGAAUAAAUUAUAAUUCAACAAAUCAACAACAAGAAUUAUUAAACGAAUCUCCACCUCCUUCUGCCCGUAGCAGAACUUCUCGUAAAAGUGAUGCUUCCCUUCUUGGAGUUGUUUUAAUUAAUCGACAAAAAGCUUCGGUUGCAUCUUGGGGUAGUCCAGCAACUGCUGGGCAAGAAAUGAGGGCUCAAAGAGAGGCUGAUAGUUUAGAUAAUAGAGGAUUAGGUAUUGACGAUGUCCCACGCCCAAAAACAGCAAUAUCUAAUAUAAUCCAAAUUCAACAACAACAUAAAGCGAGUGUUUUCUCUUGGAGUAGUCAAUGUUCGAAUACUUCUGUUAAUUCUGAUGAUUCUCUAAUUUUUACAAAUAAUAAUGUACUAAAUAGUACUGGUAUUUUUUGUGAUAUAAAUAAAAGGAAAGAGGAAGAAUUAAAUAAUAAUAAUAUAAAAAAAGAUGAAAUAAAUAAAGAAAUAAAUAACAACAAAAUUAAAGAAAAUUUUAAAACAUCUCCAGAAGAAAUUUUGGAAAAUAAUAAAAAUUUUGGGAAUAACAGCAAUUCAACAUAA